AACAUGGUCGGAAUGAGCUACCUGAGGAUAUGUUUGGCCCUGCUCGCCUUUGGCUGCAUUACCGUGAUUGAUGGGGAGGAGGCGGUCGUGGGACAAGGCGAGGAAGGAACGGGUGUAACGUCAUCAGUCGGUCAGCAAUCGAUCGAGCCCAUUUCGUCGUCUUCAUCGGAUGCAGUGGCUGUUGGUGCACAAGGCGGCGAUAAGAAGAACGCGAAGCGCCAUCUUUCGUUCGGGUUUGGCCAUGGGUACGGUGGAGGCGUUGGAUUUUCUGCCGGUGCAGGAUACGGAUCGAGCGUUGGCGUAGGCUAUGGUUCGGGCCUCGGAGUGGGUUAUGGAUCGGGUAUCGGGUAUGAUGGAUACGGUACCGGGUACGGAGGCUAUGGGUACGGUGCAGGUUAUGGUGGUAGAUUCCGCGGUUAUGGAAGUUACGGUAGUUACGGCGCAAGCUAUGGUGCCGGUUACGGAGGUUACGGAGCGGAUGGGUUCCACGGAUUCCAUGCACACUACUCGAAACCGAUCGUAACUGCCACCAUCAAGGAACACAUCCCGAUCGCCAUUCCGAAACCGUAUCCAGUGUUUGUGAAGAAAACCGUCCCAGUGCCGGUACCGAUCCACAAGCCCGUCCCGUAUCCGGUGAUAGUGAGAAAGACGGUUCCGGUACCGAUCGUUGUAUCGCACCCGGUGCCGGUACCAAUCACGAAGCACGUCCCCGUCCCGGUCCCGCAGCCUUAUCCGGUGUCCGUUCCGCAUCCCGUUCCGGUGAAGGUACCGACCCCGGUGGUCGUAACCAAGCCCGUGGUCGCUUACUCACCGCUCGUAAGCUCGCCAGCCAUCGUCAGCACACCGAUCGUGAGUACACCGAUCGUCAGCACGCCAAUCGUCAGCACACCGAUCGUUACCAGUGCCGGACACAUUUCCGUCAGCGAUCAUGGCUUACAUCAGACGCACCACUCGCACAGCCAUUAUGCGACGGGCAGUGGUGCGUACAAAGCGUACACUUCCGGCACGGCGGGUCUUUACGCGGGCGGUACUGGGCAGCACUACGGUUCCACCGGCCAUUUCGGAGGACAUCACUACGGCAGCCUAGGAUCGUCCGGUGCUCACUACGGUGGAGUGGGACAUUAUGGUGCGCACUAUGGAGCCGGCGCUGGUCACUAUUCGGGCCAUCUAAGCGCUGGAGUCCUGUGCGAUCACUAG